AGCAGCAGGGCAGCGGACGGCGGGCGCGAGCAGCUGGCCACCCCGCGCGGCGCCGGCCGGCAUGGUGACAACAUUCAAGAUUGCCGUGCUGGGAGCCCAAGGGGUGGGGAAGAGCGCCAUCGUCCGCCAGUUCCUCUACAACGAGUUCAGCGAGGUCUGCGUGCCCACCACGGCCCGCCGCGUCUACCUGCCCGCCGUGGUCAUGAAUGGCCACGUCCACGACCUGCAGAUCAUGGACUUCCCGCCCAUCACGGCGUUCCCGGUGAACACCCUGCAGGAGUGGGCGGACGCGUGUUGCAGGGGGCUCCGGAGUGUCCAUGCCUACAUCCUGGUCUAUGACAUCUGUUGCUUUGACAGCUUCGAGUACAUCAAAACGAUCCGACAGCAGAUCCUGGAAACGAGGGUCAUUGGCACGUCCGAGACCCCAAUCAUCAUCGUGGGCAACAAGCGGGACCUGCAGAGGGGCCGGGUGAUCCCUCGCUGGAAUGUCUCCAACCUGGUGAAGAAGACGUGGAAGUGUGGCUAUAUUGAGUGCUCGGCCAAAUACAACUGGCACAUCCUCCUGCUCUUCAGUGAGCUCCUGAAGAGCGUGGGCUGCGCCCGCUGCAAGCACGUCCACACCACCAUCCGCUUCCAAGGGGCCUUGCGAAGGAACCGAUGCACCAUCAUGUGAGACCUCCCGGCCCCCCCGGCCCUGCUCCAGCGCCCCUGGGCUUUGCUGCCCAUCCCACGCCAGCCUCCAUGGAGCUGAGGGGCAGCAGGAGUGGAGGACCCCUGGGGUGAAAUGCUGGGACAGUACACCUGGUACUGCAUGGAGAACGGCGAUGCUGCAAGUAGCAAGGGUGAGGAUGGACCUUGGCUAACUCUGCGGACCCUAAGGCCUCCCCCUGCCUCCUAGUGCUUGAGGCCUGUGCAGAUGUGGGUCGUAUCUUUGCCAUGCCUGAAGUGCCAUGCUUGGCACUGGUGGGGUGGAGGAGACAGCUCGGAUGGUGCCCAUAGGGUGGCUCCAGGUUGCCCCAUGGACUGGCCUUGGGCUGCCCUGGCUGCUUCUCAGGAGAUGCUCAUGGAGAGGGACAGCCCUGAAGUUGUCCUGUAGACCUCAAAUUCCUACACUGAUGUUCACCACCGUGUCCCUGCUCCUCACCAGCCUGAGCCGGUCACCUCCGCUCGCUCCCUGCUCCACGGCGGCACGGUCGUUUGGUUCCCCCGCUCGAGAAAACGCUGGGUUUCCCCACACCGGCCCCUCUUCUCCGGCCUGGGCUUCCUCCAACUCGCGCUUCAUCUUUCUGCCCCCGGCUCGGCCGCGUCGCUGCCCGUCCCCCCGCCGCCGGGCUGCUGGCCGCGCAGCUCCCCGGCCCGCUCGCCGCUGCGCCGGGCGGCCGCGGCGCGGGGCCGCUGCGACCCUCCCCGCCGCUUCGGCUUUAGCCCGCGUCCCAGGAGAAACACCCCGGGGGCCAGGGCAGGCAGGGAGCCAGCGGCCCCGCUCGCCUCCGCCGGAGCCGGCUGCAGUGGUACACGGGCUCGGGCUCGUUUCUGUCCCCUGGGCUCCUUUUCCAGCAGGAAUUUCUAGAUGAAAUUUCGAGCGCCGAGUGCCCCGGGAACGCCGCCGGCGGCCCGGCCUCGCGCCUGCGCCGCUGCAGCGGCUUUCCCGGGAAGAGCGGCCCCUUCUCUACCUCUUGCCGCGGGCUGAGCGCGCCGGUGGGCGGCCGCUCCGCUCCGCUCCGAGGGGUCCCGGCGGGAGAGGAGCCGCCGGCGCGGAGGGGAGCGGGGCCGCCGGAAGCAUCUCUGCCCCCGCCGGGUGGAGGUGCCUCUGCCGCGCCGGCACGUGCUCCGGCCCAGCCGAACGCGCCGCACCGCUGCAGCGGAGCGAACGUACGCGGAGGAACCGGCAGCGGCUUUUCCUUCCCUUUCAGCUCCCGGUGCUCGCGGCAGCGCCGGCUCCGGCAGCAGCAGCGUCGAACAGCAGCCGCCCGAAAGCUCCCAGCCCUGGAGCCGUGCUGCCGGCGGGGGGUGUGCGGUGGCUCCCCGCGCGCCGAAACACCCAAAACCCGAAGGGAGAGGAGAGUGGAGGGAGGGGGAGGCCCGGGUCCUUCUCGGGUCGGGGUCCCGCGGGGUCCGACCUCCCGUGCUUCGCUGCCGCCCGGCCCGGCGCCGCCCCACGGUCCUGCCCUCUCGCGAGCUCUGUCCCCCCCCAAGUGUCUGGUAAGGAAACUCCCCGGUAAGUGCUGAGAAUAAAGCGUUUAUGAAGUGCUCCGACGUAGA